GAGAAAGAGGAGAGGUGACGCGAGAGAGACAAGGAAGGACCGCACCAUACAGUCUCAGAGAUCGGUUUCUGUAAGAGUCCACUACGUGAGAUGAGAUCUGUACUCUCUCUCUACCAGUGUUUCUCUAUGGUCAUUCCACCGUGGAUGGGCACUAACAUACAGCUCAUUGAGAAUCUACUGGUGUAGGGAAGACUCGGAGUCCAGCCUCUUCAGACCAGACUUGAUGGGAACAUACUGUUUGGAAAGAGUGGAUGACAGAUUACGUGGACUGUUAGAACAAUUCAUCACACAGGUGAGACAGGGAGAGACUCUGAGAAGAUGAUAGCAUACGUGGACUGUCUGUCCACCGAGCCGGUGGUAGGAGGAGGCGUGGGGGCUCAAUGCUGGAAGGGGGGCUUCAGCGAGGAUGAGGACGAGCUGCUUCCAGCCUGCUCGAAAGAUGUUCAAAAGAUGCUCUACCUGCAGCCCAAGAGCGAGGGCAGUCUGAGACGUCGGCUGCUCACCUCCAAGAUCCACCAGCAACGAGACGGACCGUGGGCGUCCAGGCCACUCGCCCGGGGACAACCGGACAACAAUGGCCUCUGGGGGCCACUACACAGACAGGACUUCCCCUACCCUGGCCCCAGCCCCCCCGGCCUGGUGCGCCACCAUCGAGCAGGCUACUCCUCCAGGGGCUCCCAGCAGCACACGCACGGCCACUGCCUGACCCAGCUACGGAAGACCAGCUACUCUCCCCCCACACCCGACCAUCAUCCUGGGUACAGCUUCCCCCCACCACCUCUUUCUCCUCCAGGAGCAGCCAGCUACAGUCACACUGGACCUUCAGGAUACCCAAACCCUGGACCCCCAGGAUAUCCAAACUCUGGACUCCAAGGCUACCCUAAUUGUGGAUCUGCUGGGUACCCCAACUCUAACCCAAGACACUGUAAGCCAGCCUACAACACCACUCCCAGCAGCAGCCUUAACCCAGGACACUGUAACCCAGCCUACAAAACCAACCCCAGCAGCAACCCUAACCCAGGACACUGUAACCCAGCCUACAAAACCAACCCCAGCAGCAACCCUAACCCAGGACACUGUAACCCAGCCUACAACACCAACCCCAGCAGCAGCCCUAACCCAGGAUGCCAAAACACUGCCCAAGGACACAGCAACACUUACCUCAACUCUGGAUAUCCUUCCCCAAGACUGGGAUACGGCCCUCCCUCCCUCCCAGGACCAGGCUACAGCUCUGGGUUUGCUCCCCAGUCCCAGCCCAGCCUCCCCACUCCACCACCCAAGCAGAGAAAGAGGUUCUAUAACCUGCUCCGACGGCGCAGCUACAACACCAGCCAGAUCCCCUUCUCACACACCCCCCUCUUACACACACCCAAACGUCAAGACUGGAGAGCUGUCAGACUGGACGAGGACAAAAAGUGGUCCGUACACUACACUUCCCAGAAGCCUCAGCAGGAGACACGGCCCUCUUGUGUGGAUGACCGCCGCACCGUACUCAGAGAGUGCAGCAAGAAGCUCAGGAGAGUUGGGUAUGGCAGUUCACAGUACUUCUCCCAAAACCCUGCCUACCUCAGCCCCAGCCAAUCAGAGAACAGGCUGCAUGAUGACAUGGGCAGGAACGACAGACACCGGAAAAAGCGGUCUAAGCUGCUGGACUGUCUGUCUCAGUCCUGCUUCUCUGUCUGCUGGAGGAGAAAGUCAACCGGGUCAUCGCCAGAUGAGGACCUGUCGGCAUAUACGUUCAGGCCACCACCGAGCCCCCCUCCAAACAGUUACGAAACCAUCGAUGACACAGUUAACGGGUGUGACAUCACGGCGAACAGCUGUGACCUCACAGUUGCCGAGGAGACGGACUGGACUAAGCCCCUCCCUCUGCCGACACCAGAGGAGAAGAUGAGGCAGCAGGCGCAGGCCAUCGCCGCUGAAAUAGUACCCAUCAACAUCACUGGUGAGGGUUUUGAGCGUCAGGCUAGUUUUCGGCGAGCGUUAGCCAACACAGACACUCUGAUCCGUCAACCCCGGAACAAACUCACACGCCGCAAGACCAUCGCCGGAAUACCUGAUGACAUCACCAGAGAUCUGGAACAUGAAGCUGACGAAGAGCCAGGGUGUGGUGGAUCAGUGGUUUUGCCUGGUCAGUACUCUACUCUGGGCCGAACCGGCAGUGUCAACACGGCCCUGCUACAGCGAUCUCUCGCACAAGGCCCACACACCCAAUCACUCUUGCCCUCUCACACCCAAUCACUCACGCCCUCACACACCCAGGAGGCCGGCCUGUUGGAGGAAAGGAGAGAGGAGGAAAGGGUAGAAGAGAGGAGAAUGGAGGAGAGAAGAGAGGAGGAAAGGAAGGAGAGGAGAGUGGAGGAGAGGAGAGAGGAGGAAAGGGAGGAGAGGAAAGUGGAGGAGAGGGAGAGAGGAGGAAAGGGAGGAGAGGAGAGUGGAGGAGAGGAGAGAGGAGGAAAGGGAGGAGGAGAGGAGAGUGAUGAAGCCGUCAGUGCGUCGGAUCCGAGCCCAGAGAGGACAGGGUAUCUCUUCUCUGAUGGCCUCUCUCACCCCGACCCUCACCCCUAACCCCUCCCUCACGCCUUACCUCAGCCUCACCCCCUCCUCUUCCAUGGGCAGUGUCUCCCUGGGGGGUGAAGAUGGAGGAGAGGGGUUCCACAGCCU